AUGGCGGGCAUGGAAGAAUUGGAGAUACACAGCAAGCCACAUAAGAAGUCCCUCAAUUUCGGAAUCUUCAAGCACCCCGGCGCCUCGGGGCUUGCAGUCAACAGCGCUGCCUCUACGUAUUCGCAGACUACGGGAAGUGAUAUCAACGAUCUUUCGAAGGAGAAUAACGGCCCCGCCAAACAGACGGAUUCCUCGCUUUUAAUCACCGAGAAGCUCAAGGGUGUUGGGCUGAAACCGAUCGAGUGGAUUGGGAAAUGUGAGGCCGACAAGAUAUCUCAGGGGACGUAUGAUGUGGGCGCCAGCGAGGGAGGGAACUACGCACUUGUGUUUGACAACACAUUCUCUAAGCAGAUCUCCAAGACCGUUACGUUCGUCCUGCUCACGUAUCCUACCAGCUGCCCGCCACGAUCCGGACACCAGGUCCAUCACACUCAGGCCAUAGCAGGUCCGAUCGGAUCACAGGCCCCCUCACGUCCGAGUCCGAAACUCAACGCGACUGAGACAGAGGCGGAAGCAAAGGCUCGGGCUCAACAGCGCGGACGGCCAGGGUUCGGCGCUGCUGCUGCAGGCAAUUCGAACGGACCACUUCCCACCACAGACUCGUCUACAAGCAUCGCACCAUCAGUACACACUGGUAUACUGUCAAAGAGACGUCGUAAGCGACACCAGGGCUAUGCCAGGCGCUUCUUUUCCUUGGACUUCAACUCAUCAACCCUAUCGUACUACCACGAUCGCAAUUCUUCUGCCUUGAGAGGUGCCAUCCCGUUAUCUCUGGCCGCUAUCGCUACCAAUGAAAAUACUAGAGAGAUAUCAAUCGAUUCAGGAGUGGAGAUAUGGCAUCUUCGCGCGCUGAAUAACGUUGACUUUCAGGCCUGGAAGGAGGCUCUAGAGAAAGCCUCGAAGCAAGGUGAUACAGCAGGGGAAGAAGAUGGUAGCCUCAAGGUGCCUACGUUGAUCACCAGGAAACAUAGCGUGAACAAACCCAAGUCCCAAGAUUGGAAAACUAUCGAGCGAUUAGUUGAAUCGGUAUCUGCUUCGAGAGAGAAAGUGCGUCAGCUAGCCAAGGAUACAGACCCAAAAUACCUCAUGCCAACUCCAGACUAUGAGGGUAACCAAAGCCAAGCAAACGGCGUACGUCGUGUCUCACAGCCUGGAGAUGUCUCUGAAAGCAAGGAGAAACGAUCGUUUUGGAAACUCAAGGGUAAAAGUGACAGUGGCAGCAGCACUCCAAACCAACGGCCGGCUCUAUCCCCCCUAGGACCACAACAAACUCCUCCACUCAGCAAUGAAGGCUCUUAUUUCGACGGCAGUUCAUUUAAAUCUGGACUUGGAGCUGGCGUUCAUGAUGACUUGAUGAUCCUGCUCCAUGAUCUGAACGCAGUUGUCUCCGAGUUUAAUGCCCUGUUAAGCGAUAGAACCCGGUCCAGGACCCCGAUAGCAAUACGGCCUGCCCACUCUGUAACAGCUGACUCUGAUUCAGAGGAGUUUUUCGAUGCCGUGGAUGGAGGAAACGUCUCUCCCUUGUUAACAAUUCACCAGGAUAGUGGCGAAGAAGACUCAAAGAGCGUCGUGACUGCUGUUGAUGACGACGCCGCGUCGUCGUCUGGAAGCGACGUGGAUGAUAGAGACGAAUUCCUACGAGGUGACUUCAAACUUGACUCCUCAUCCUCACUAUUCCCGGUGAAAGCACGGUCACUUGCUCCCUUGCCUAUGGAUGCACCGCCCCGCAGAUCAAGGAUAGAACCGCCAAUUGGCCUGCCACCAAGUUUGAUCAGCUUUAUGCGGAAGAAUAUCGGCAAGGAUCUAUCAACUAUAUCAAUGCCUGUGUCUGCCAAUGAACCCAUUUCAUUGCUUCAACGAGCGGCAGAGCAGUUUGAAUAUUCCCAGCUUCUUGACAAGGCAGCCAAUGCUACCGACGCACUGGAGCGGUUGAUAUAUGUAACUGCCUUCGCCCUCUCGCAAUUUUCCAAUUCACGAAUCAAGGAGCGGACUAUUCGCAAACCUUUUAACCCCAUGUUAGGCGAGACUUAUGAGCUUGUUCUGCCAGAGAGAGGUUUCCGUUUCAUCGCUGAAAAGGUCUCUCAUAGGCCUGUCCAGCUAGCCAUGCAGGCAGAUUCGCGUGACUGGAGCUUCAUCCAAUCCCCCAAGCCUACACAGAAAUUCUGGGGCAAGUCCGUUGAGAUUAUUACAGAAGGCAAAUCUAGGCUAACGCUGCACUCGAGUGGGGAGCAUUUCAGCUGGUCUGCCGGCACCCAGUUCCUGCGUAAUAUUAUUGCUGGCGAGAAGUACGUUGAACCUGUCGGUGAAAUGUGUGUCCUCAACGAGACCACAGGCCAAAAAACAAUCGCCGUAUUCAAAGUCGGUGGCAUGUUCUCUGGUCGUAGCGAAGAGGUCACAGUCAAAGCCUACGAUACACAUGGUGAAGAACUUCCCCUUGGCCUGCAAGGGACCUGGACCUCGUCUCUCCAGCUGACGGAGCACGGGAACCUGACAAACAAGACUAUAUGGGCUGCCGGUCCGCUGGUCGACAAGCCACAAAAACACUACGGCCUGACUGAAUUCGCAGUGGCCCUGAAUGAAAUUACGGCCGUUGAACAGCGGAAGCUACCACAAACAGAUAGUCGUCUUCGACCUGAUCAACGUGCAUUAGAAGAAGGCAACGUCGACGAAGCGGAAGAUAUCAAGGCACGACUCGAGGAAGCCCAGCGUUUCCGCAGAAAAGAGAUGGAACAAAGUGGCGAAACAUGGCGUCCUAGGUGGUUUACACACGUUGACGUCGAUGGUCUGGAUGGAGGAGACGAUAUAUGGAAACUCCGUACUGGCAAGGAUGGAUACUGGGAAGAGAGGGCAAAGGGCGAGUGGACGGGCACCACGCCUAUUUUCCAGUUAUAA